UCGAGGAAAAGCUCCCGCCUUUUCCACUUUCCCCAACGCUCCCCCUUAUCUCCUCCCUCCCUGGCCCCCGCGCAACCAACCACGCGCGCGCCGCUGCCAACCUCUCUUCUUCCUGCCGUGUCCUCGCUGCAGCUUCUCUUCUCCUUCUCUUCUCCCAGAGCUCGCUCGCUCGCUAGCUGCUGCGCGGCCGGCCGGCGUCUCGAUCGGCUUGUUGGUCACGGCGGAUCGGACCAGAGGUGGUGAUCGUUCGAUGCGCAUGGAGGGUGGAGGAGGCGGCGGAGGCGGCGCCGGCGUCGGAGGGUGCCUGGGGCUGGGCCAGGGCGGGGAGGCGCAGAUCAAGGGCACGCACACGCACGGCGGCCGCUACGUGCAGUACAACGUCUACGGCAACCUCUUCGAGGUCUCCGCCAAGUACGUCCCGCCCAUCCGGCCCGUCGGCCGCGGCGCCUUCGGCAUCAUCUGUGCUGCUGUCAAUGCGCAGACUCGCGAGGAGGUUGCCAUCAAGAAGAUCGGCAACGCAUUCGACAAUCAGAUCGAUGCGAAACGCACUUUGCGAGAAAUCAAGCUGCUGAGGCACAUGAACCAUGAAAAUGUUAUUUCAUUGAAGGACAUCAUACGCCCACCCAGGAGGGAGAACUUCAACGAUGUCUACAUCGUUUAUGAGUUGAUGGACACUGAUCUUCAUCACCUUCUGCGAUCGAACCAGCCACUAACUGAUGAUCAUUGUCAGUAUUUCGUCUACCAGCUGCUUCGAGGGUUGAAGUACGUGCACUCGGCAAAUGUCUUGCACAGAGACCUCAGGCCGAGCAACCUGCUGCUGAAUGCCAAGUGUGAUCUGAAGAUUGGGGAUUUUGGCCUGGCAAGGACCACAACUGAAACUGACUUCAUGAUGGAGUAUGUCGUUACGCGGUGGUACCGGGCGCCUGAACUCCUGCUGAACUGCUCAGAGUAUACUCAAGCUAUUGAUAUGUGGUCAGUAGGCUGCAUCCUCGGUGAAAUGGUCACACGAGAGCCUCUGUUUCCUGGAAAGGAUUAUGUUCAUCAGCUGAGGCUAAUAACCGAGCUGGUAGGGUCACCUGAUGACACAAGCCUCGGGUUCCUCCGAAGCGAUAACGCCCGCAGAUACGUGAGGUCCCUUCCUCAAUACCCCAAGCAACACUUCGGUGCGCGGUUCCCCACUAUGUCUAGUGGUGCCAUGGAUUUGCUUGAGAGGAUGCUUGUGUUUGAUCCGAGCAAAAGGAUUACUGUUGAUGAGGCUCUAUGCCACCCGUACCUGGCUUCCCUCCAUGAAAUAAAUGACGAACCCGUUUGCCCAGCACCUUUCAGCUUCGACUUCGAGCACCCAUCGCUCACCGAAGAAGAUAUCAAGGAGCUCAUAUGGAGGGAGUCUCUUAAGUUCAACCCUGAUCCAAUCCACUAAAUGUAAACUCGAGCAAACAAGGAUUGCAAAUCUAUCCACUCCAUGAGGAAGGCAUGAGGCAACAACAAGAACUUCAAGUGACCACCCCUCAUCAUCUCAUCUCAUCUCGUGGUUUGUCGAUUACGACACCCUGACGUCGAAAACAUUGGACAUUUGUGAAACAAGAAGCUUGAUCAAUAAUUUGUAGUGGCUAAAGCUGGCAGCUUAUUUGCAUCAUGUUAGGUUGUAUCUAUCUCCUUUGGUUUGUAUGCUUUAAGAAAUCUAGAGGCUUGUCACUGCCCAUGGACAGGACUAUGUUAGUACGAUCUCUACACACUCUACAGACAGCAGCUCAUGUCACCUACCAGCAGUUCGUGUUAUGUUCUAAAAUCUUGAUGAACUUCACAUGA